AUGAGCGAUGCAUCUACACCAUCCACAACCUCAAUCAAACACCACCUAGCCCAACAAGGCUGGGCACUUAUCCCAUCCGUCCUAACCAAAGAACAAUCCGCGACCGUCCUCACCCACCUCUGGGCCGCAAAAACCCAAUCCGAAGCCCGAGGCGACAAAGUCCACCUCCCACACCUCGACCCAAACCCCUCCAACGUCCGCGUCUUCUACCUCCUCGAGCACGAAAAGAUCUUCCGCGACCUAAUCGCCCACCCAACAAUCAUAGAAUACAUCAAAUUCGUCCUCGGCGAAAAUUUCCUGAUCAGCAAUUUCACCGCGAACAUCGCGAGGCCAGGCUCACAGUCUAUGGCUCUACACUCUGAUCAGAGUAUUGUGGUUCCGGAUCCGUGGAAGGAAGUGUGGGCUAUCAAUGCGAUUUGGUGUCUUACGGAUGUUCAUAGAGAUAACGGUGCGACGCUGUAUAUUCCUGGCUCGAAUAAGUAUGUCUAUCAGUCAGAGGUCCCGAGGAACGCGAAUGAGUUGCUGGUGCCGUUUGAAGCUAAAGCUGGCGAUGUGAUUUUGAUGGAUGGGAGGGUGUGGCAUACGAGUGGUUCAAAUAUUACGGCGGAUGAGGAUCGUGCGUUGCUCUUUGGGUAUUAUACUGCGCCUUUCCUCCGGCAGCAGGUAAAUUGGACGGCAAAGCUUCCGCAGGACAUACAGAAGGACCUUAGUGAGGAGAUGAAGGAAUGGUUGGGGCUUGGACCUAAUGCUAAUACAGGCAGGACAGGUGGAAUUAGUUAUAAUUAUUUGAGCAAGCAAUAUGCUGCGAAGGUCUAG